GUGACAGAGACUGAGAAUCUGCCUCAACACAUAAAAGACUUUGACCUUCAGAUGAAACUCAAAUUCAAUAAAGAUUUUGGUGAAGAUGUUGGAUUUGUCCUCUAUGAUAAUGAUCAGUUCUUCCAGUCACAAAGCUUUAAAUCAUCCUCGGAAAACAAGAGAAGAGUGAUCUCUGCUAACCUGCAAGAAAAACAUGAAUUGGAGGUUGAGUUUACAAUCCCACAAUCAAUCGAUUCAACGAAGUCCCUCCAUGACUUUGCAUGUGUGUUUUGGAGUUACUCCAAAAAAGAUUGGAGCGCAGAAGGAUGUACCAAAGCAGAGAUCAUCUCAGGUCACCCAACAUGCAACUGUAAACCUAAUGAAAAACAUGUCAAUUUUGCCAUCCUAAUGACAUUCAGUGUAAACUAUCAAUAUUCUGAAGCCCUACAUUGGAUCAGCAUCACUGGCUGUUCUCUUUCUGUAGUGGGUCUGGCUGUCACUGCAGUCUACCAAGUCAUGACCAGGAAGUCAAGAGGAGGGAGCCCUACUCUGCUUGUGGUGAACCUCUGCUUGAGUAUGACGAUUUUCUACCUUCUCUUCAUCUUCGGCAUUAACAAAUCUGAACAACAUACAAAGGAGAUACAGUUUUCUGAGCAGAAUAUGGUUCCUGAGUCAGAUCACUAUCAGGACCCAGAUCAAGGUCCUUGCACAGUGAUUACAGCCCUUCUUCAGUACUUCUUGUUGGCCACAUUCACUUGGAAUACUCUAUAUGGCGCAAACGUGUACCUCCUCUUCAAAAACAAAGUAUCUGGAACGCCUACGUGGUUUCCAAAGGUCGCCUUUGCAGUUGGAUGGGGGUUUCCUGCUGUCAUUGUUGGUAUCUCACUGGGCUCUACCUACAGUGUGGAGAACCCUUUAGGUUAUCGACGAGAAGAGUUUUGUUGGCUGGCUUCCCUGGACCAGAAACAAAAUUUUGAUAUGCGGAAACCCAUGUUCUGGGGAUUUUUGCUCCCUCUAAUGAUCAUGCUGAUCUCCAACACAGCAUUGCUGCUGUUCUUCUCUCGCAACGUCUGCAGAACCAACCCUAAUUUAAACAUGACACGACAAACUCCACUAAAGAAGAAGAUUUUGAGUAGUUUCUCUCUAGCUGUGAUGCUUGGUCUGUCCUGGGUCAUAGGCUACAUUAUGCUCACCACUCAUGAAAAAACUCUCAACCUCAUCCUUAGUGUGGUUUUCUGUCUCUGCAACACAACACAGGGCAUUCAGAUAUUCAUUUUAUUCACACUGAAAUCUUUACUAAACAAGAAACCAGCUAUUCUGGACUCAAUACAGGUAGCAGCUAUAGGCCUCCACAGGAGAAAGUUCUCUUUAAGGAAAGGUAACAUACCAGAGAUCAAUGAAACCUACACAGCCACUGAUCAGGACUCUAUCAGUCUACCACAGGUCCUCAAUGAGGCAGACAUCAGUGGAUUACCUGGAUACUUUGACGAACCAGACAGAGAUCCCCAGUGA